AAAAAGUGCUGCAGUUGAGGCCGGCAGAAAACUGAACGGCGGGAGCUAGCCAAGGCAAGGCCUUCAGUGCCAACGGCGAGACUACUACUGUCUGCCAAAAUGUCUGAAAGAUCAGAUCUCCUUCACUUCAAGUUUGAAAAUUAUGGAGAUUCAAUGUUACAAAAAAUGAACAAAUUAAGAGAAGAGAAUAAAUUUUGUGAUGUUACAGUUCUCAUAGAUGAUGUUGAGGUGCAGGGGCAUAAAAUUGUUUUUGCUGCAGGUUCCCCUUUCUUAAGAGACCAAUUUUUACUGAAUGAUUCCCGAGAGGUGAAAAUCUCCAUAUUACAGAGUUCUGAAGUGGGGAAACAAUUGCUCUUAUCCUGUUAUAGUGGUGUGCUGGAAUUCCCUGAGAUGGAACUGGUAAAUUACUUGACUGCUGCGAGUUUUCUUCAGAUGAGCCACAUUGUAGAACGGUGCACACAGGCGCUGUGGAAGUUUAUAAAGCCAAAACAACCAAUGGAUAGUAAAGAGGGAUCUGAACCACAGAGUGCUUCUCCCCAGUCGAAAGAACAGCAGGGAGAUGCCAGAGGCUCUCCAAAACAGGACUUACCUUGUAUUCAUCCAUCUGAAGACAGUAUGGAUAUGGAGGACAGUGAUAUUCAGAUUGUUAAGGUAGAAUCUAUUGGGGAUGUAUCAGAGGAUAGAAGUAAAAAAGAUCAGAACCAAUACAUUUCUUCUGAAACCACUGCUUUACAUUCAUCAGAGCCCCAGCACUCCCUGAUAAACUCAACUGUGGAAAACAGAGUUAAUGAACUAGACCAGAGCCAUCUCCACAAUUACGCCCUCUCUUAUACAGGCAAUGAUGACAUCAUCAUGACCUCAAAAGAUGUCUUUGGGCCUAAUAUUCGAGGUGUAGACAAAGGCUUACAGUGGCAUCACCAGUGCCCAAAGUGUACCAGGGUAUUCCGUCACCUGGAGAACUACGCCAACCAUUUAAAGAUGCACAAACUCUUUAUGUGUCUACUCUGCGGCAAGACUUUCACUCAGAAAGGCAAUCUUCAUCGACACAUGCGUGUCCAUGCCGGAAUUAAACCUUUCCAGUGUAAAAUCUGUGGGAAAACCUUUUCUCAGAAGUGUUCCUUACAGGACCAUCUUAACCUUCACAGUGGAGAUAAGCCCCAUAAAUGUAACUAUUGUGACAUGGUUUUUGCACAUAAGCCAGUUUUGAGGAAACACCUCAAACAGCUGCAUGGCAAAAACAGCUUUGAUAAUGCCAAUGAGAGGAGUGUGCAAGACCUCACAGUGGAUUUUGACUCUUUUGCGUGUACAACAGUCACAGACUCUAACUGUCAGCCACAACCUGAUGCAACACAGGUCCUGGAUGCAGGUAAACUGACCCAAGCUGUCCUCAGCUUACGAAGUGACAGUACAUGUGUGAAUUGAACAGGGCUUAGUGCUCACGGCCAGAGCUGGCAGUAUGGCAAUAGUCAACUUGGUAGUUUCUUCGACAAAGCCUCCAAGCAGGUGGUAGUGAGUUGAAGUACUAGCAGACCAGGUGACUCCCACUUGUGGUGGCUUUGCUUUCCUUUGGCCCUCUCCUGGUUCUUUUUUGAGUUAUUUAACCUGUGAUGUCUGUUUUCCUUUUCUAAGGAAUAAUUCCAUUUGUCUACCUAGUGGUGAUAUAUGUCUUAGACUGGCACUAUUUUAAAUUUUUUACCAAGCACAUUCUGAAGGUACCAACAAAUAAUAUUAUCUACUUCCUACUAAUAAACUGUCUUUAGUAAAGUUAAUAUUUUUCCUUGGGGGAAAAAUGAGGCUGGGAUAGGAGGUGAUACUGCUGUUGACCUACAUAUGUGAUAGAGUUUCUGUUUGUCUACUGUGAUUCAUCCAAGGCUGAUGAGUGAAUCUGCUUCCUGCCAUUUGACUUUUUUGGAGCUGCUGUGGAAAAGUAUGUGGGUUUGUACUUUAAACACUAAAUGCCCAUUGAGAUUUCCUUAAAACCCAGAGUACAAUUUUUUCCAGCAACUUCUGCAGACAAAAAGGGCCUGCUGUGGGGAGGAUAAUCAGUAAAUGAUAGAAAUAUAAUAAAACAAGAGUGGGCAUAUGGAAGGUUUCCUAAAUAUUAUGACCUAACAGCAGGCCAUCUGCUUACUUACAUACGUAUCCUUUUGUAAUUGGAAAUGCUUUAGGCACACUCAAGUGAGCUAAAGAAUGAUGGACUGUGCUGGAGUCUAAACAAUGUGUCAGUUUAUGCAUGAGAGAGGUGUGCUUGGUUAUAACUUGUCCAGUAUAGAGUUUAUGUCUCUGGUCUUUCCUUUUCACUUGUACCAUCACCUUGGAAGUCGAUGAAAAAAAUUAAAUGGGAUACAGAGGAACUACCAGAAUUUCUGCAUUUACAUAGUCUUAAAAGUACACAAUAUACUAUCUACUUUUGCUACCGUUGAUAGUUGAUCUUGAAGGAUGGAAAAAAAAAACAAUUCUUUAUCCUGAAGUAAAUUUUAGACAUUAGUUUGAGCCUCCCUCUUACCCAAGGGUUACAGUGAAGUGAUAGGGUUGCUAGAGAUCUUAGAAACUCUCAAAAGAUUGCUUAUACUAUCUGUUUUUUUCAAAAGGGGCAGUUAGAGUCAAACAGGUACCCUGGCCACCAUUGGCCCAAAAUAUGAGUGAUUAGCCCAAUAUAUCUCUUCCACUAUACCUUGGCUUUAAGGAUGGUUAACAGAAAGGUUCCAGUUUGCUUUCACUAUUGUAUAACCAUCCCUUUUGGUUUUCAGAGACAGCCAAGAAUUCACCAUCAAAAUAUCACAGAAGGACUUGUGAGAAUUACUUUUUAAGAUUUAUUUUAUUUUGGUGGCUUGUGUCUGUAAUCUCAGAAUUUACAAAGCUACAGGGGUGUUGCCUGGGCUGUAGAGUGAGACCCUCUUUCAAAAGACCUAAAUAAAUAUAAUUAUUUUAUGGUAGUGUUGGAAGUCAAACCCAAUGUCUCAUAGGCACUAGACAAGCACUGUACCACCUAGGUACAGCCCUAACCUGUUCAUUGUUUUUAGCUAGAUGAAUAUUAUACUAUUUCUCAAUGACCGACUGGUUUGACUAUUAACAGAAGGGCAAGUUAGAAUAAUGUGAAAAUGAUCCAAAUAUGAAAAUAAUUUUAUCUGAGAAAUUUAUUUUCACCAGACUUUUGUUUUUAUUUUUAAGCCAUGAGAGUAUGUGGACAAAUAAUCCAAAAAUUAAAAUUAAUUUAUAUAGACAUAAUUUGAUAUAUUUACACAUGGCUCAGAAUUGAGGUAUAAUUUCUACUAACUAUUUAAGUACAGUCAGCUAAUAUGACUGCUAGGUACUUUAUGUCCAACACAACUCAAUGUGUGGCCUAGUAAUGCCUCCCAGCAGUCCAGAUUUUGUAUGAUUCAUCCAAAGACCGCCAAUUCUGUGCAACAAUGGGACUCCACUCUUCUCCUGUUUUAAAUAUUUUCUCUGAACAUCAUUUGAAGAUGGUGAGCUCCAUUCAUUUACUCUUGUUCAGUUACUGUUAGUUUGAAGACUAAGAAUGGCAUGGGUUCAAAUAAUACUGGUCUCUGGUUGGUUGGAGGCUAUUUCUUGAUUUAUUUUAGUCACUCAGAAGGCUUUUUUUCUUUUUAUUUGCCCCCCUUUUUUUUAAAUGUUGGAGAGUUUGAACCCAAGGCCUCAUGCAUGUUAAGCAUAUACUCUAGCACUGAGCUACUCCCACAGCCUCAAGAAAUAUUAAUAACCAACUGGAAUUUCCAGGUACUGUUAUAUUCUGAGGAUAGGAAGGUAAGAUUGAUAUGGUCCCUGUUCUUAUAGGGCUGGCUUACAGUGUCAAGUGAUUUUAGUGAGAUGAGGUCUCAAAUUUAUAUUCUAAUAAGAAUAAAAUUGUUUUGUUUUCUUCCAUCAUUUGAAGCAGUGGUUCUCAGCCUGUGGGUGUGGCCCCUUUGGGGAGGGAGGGGAGUCAAGUGACUCUUCACAGAGGUUCCUAAGACCAUAGGGAUUUUUUUGUUUACAUUACAAUUUAUUUACAUUAGAAUCCAUAACAGUAGUAAAAAUGCAAUUAUGAAAUAAUGAAAAUAAUUUUAUGGUUGGGAUCACCACAGCAUGAGGAACUGUAUUAAAGGAUCUCACAAUAUUAGGAAGGCUGAGAACCACUGACUUAAACGUCAUCUUAGGGUUUUCUGUUAGUAACAUUUUUUCGUUGUAAGUGUAGACCACUUACCUAAUUUGUGAUCUCUUCCAUUUCUUGGCUGGAGAGUUCUUAUUUUUGUGUGAGAUAUUUAAUUUCAGUGGGACUUAGGUUCUUUGCUUACGUGUUUCUCAGAUUUUAAAGCAAAGAGAAGGCACAUAGUUUAUUGGGGAAGAAGGCUUUUCACACUAGUGAUUCUGAGGGGCGGGGCAGAGGUGAACCUUUUCACACUAGUGAUUCUGAGGGGCGGGGCAGAGGUGAACCUUAGUUACUCAACAUUUGGUUUGAUUUGCUUGUUUUGGUUCGUUGGGAUUUUUUUUUUUUUAAAGCA